AUGGUGAAGGGCCUUUUCUACGCUGUACGAUUCUAUGACACUGUGAUACUGGGGACACUGGUGCUCGGGAGGCGGCUGAAGGUGCUGCCGGAAUGUGAGCGGAGUGCAGUGGCUGGCUCGCGUAGCGGCCAUAGCCCUGUGUCAGAGCCUGGGGAGCAGCUCACUCCCGUUUGCUUACAGUUUCUUUUGCAUGAGGUGUCCGUUCCAACAUUACCCAGUCAUACAUUUAAGGACAACUCAGCCAUUUACAAACCAAGUCUUAGCAGAGUCAGCACCAGAGCAAAAACUAUCCAGUAUGAUGACACGUGUCCAGUUUUCAGGUUGCAGCCAGAUGAAGAGAGUCCCAGGGAAGAGGUUGCAUGUCGCCGAACAGAUUUUGUACCAGGUUCUUGCCGCAUCAUGAAGGAGUUGUUUGCUGACAAAGAAACAGCCAACUGUUCACACCAGUUGUCACAUAUGAUUUGUGAGAUGAAGAAUUACAAUCCAGCAAAACCUGAAAUGACCUGUCGUCAUGAUCUCUGCAGCGAAUUAUCCGUUGUAGUGAUAGGAAUAUACAAUGAGGAUAUGGGUGUUAAUCAGUGGAAGAAGUUUAAAUCCACAGAGGAAGCCAUGUUGUUUAUUAAUCAAGAAUUGCUCCUGGAUUGGAGAACAUAUCACCAUGGUUACUGCUUCAUUCGUUGCCUUGGUCAUGAUGGAAGAAAGAUAUCACAGCUUCUUAUUCUGCCUCCAGUGUUGCGAACCAGUAGUAAUUCUCUGAAAAAACUUAAAAAUAAACAUGCACUGAAUGUGAAUAUUCUGCUCUUGGACUCUGUGUCCAGGCACCAUUUUUAUAGAACUUUGCCAAAAACCAUAAAUACAUUCAUAAAUUUGAACACUAAUGUCUUUAAAACUGGAUACGUGUUUGACUUUGAGUUGGUUCAAGGUAUAAAAAGCAGAACAUUUGAGUCUCUCCAAGCUCUAUUUGGUGGUGAGGCCUUUAAUCCACUUAAACCAUUUAGUUCAUUUGUGCUACCACCAAAGGCUGUGGAUUUUAACAAGACACUUGGACAUUUUAAAGAUUUUGGAUAUGAGAUUUUAUAUUUGGAGGAUAUGUGUUGGAAGUGGGAAUGGGGUUUGGUGAAAGAGCUGAGAGCCCUUAACAAAAAGGCAGUCUUUUCAGAAAGAGUAAAGUUGUUUUUGGAAGCAGUCAAAAGAAGUGGAAUUGAUAGGAUAGACGUUUCGUACUCUAGCUGUGAUAUUCUUCAAGAGAAUAUGGUGAAGGAUAUGUUUCAUGGACCUGCUACCUUAUGUUACAAUGGUAUCCAUCAGCAUACCUACCUUCUGCAAUAUAUUGAAUACUUUAUCACUCGUUUCUCUUUCUUGCAAAAGCCUCUAUUCAGUUUUCUCAUGUUGGAUACCAAUCAUGAAGAUACAGGCCUCAGGUUAAAGCAAUUGGAUGAAGAUCUUGCCAAACAUGUAUCUUUCUUGGCUGAUCAACAAAACACUGUGACCUUCAUUCUUUCAGAUCAUGGCAAUAAUUAUGGACAAUUUGUUUCAAUGACUACUGAAUCCCAGAUUGAGAUAUUCCACACUACACUGUUUAUAAUUGUCCCAGACACAGCUGCUAUUUUACUGGGUGAAGAGAAGAUCAAAUCCUUGCACACAAAUCAGCGCAGGUUGAUCAGCCUUCUCGACAUUCAUCAUACUUUGAAAGGUCUAUUGCCACCUUUUGGAGCAAAAUAUGGGAAAAUUUUGAAAGAUGGAAUGAAUACUGAUGGGUUACUGAGUCCAGUUUCUGCAAGUAGGACCUGUAACAGCAUUCCCAGGAUACCUCCAAACUUUUGCAUUUGCCAAGACUUUGAAAAACCAGCUGUAAGUGAUUCCAGAUUUGCACUGUAUGCUGAAUUUGCACUUGGUCAAAUGAACCAUGAAAUCCUUCAACAACAGAGAGCUUCAAAAAAUUCUCAUAUAGGCUAUGUGGCCUGCCAAAAAUUAGUUGGUGUUAGAUUUGACAAUGGGAAAGUCCAUGAGGAUAAAAAUGAGACCAUUGUGGAAUUUGAUCUUUAUGUAAAGGCUCCAGAAAGUGCAGGUCAUGAUGAAGAAAAAUACUUUGUGGUCAUCAACUUCUGUUCUCAGGUAGAUACUGCACUGACUUUAGUAGGAGUUGACCGCUUGACCCCAUAUAGUCCUUACCAGGUUUGUGCUGCCGAUAAUGUUGAUUUAAGGUUAUGCAUCUGUGAUUUAGAAAAUGGUCAUGAAGCACCAAUUUUAUAUUGGAAAAAUGUUUUGACCCCAACAGUUUCUUGGACUGAAACUAACUUCAGCUCAAUUCAUGAAUCCUGUUUGUACCUCAUCAAAAGACAUUAUACAUCUGGCAUUGUUCUGGCAGUGGCUAAUACCUGUCCACAUGUGCAGUAUGAUAUUGAAUUUGAUUUUCUGACAGUAAACAUGUACUCUUCAUCUGUAAUGCCUGUAAAUGUAUCACUUUGGCCUGGAACUGAGAAGCUCCUUACUGUUGGAUUUCAGAAAGCUAAGGGAAAACCUUGGAAAUAUAAAUAUUCUUUAAAUUACAGAGCAAUCCCAUUGCAGGACAAAAGCACAAUAUUGAAUUAAGAGAUAACAAGGUGUAGAGCUGGAUGAACACAGCAGGCCAAGCAGCAUCAGAGGAGCAGGAAAGCUGACAUUUCAGGUGUAGAAAUGGGCGAGGGGAAGGGGUUCUGAAAUAAAAGGGAGAGAUGAGGAGGCGGAUAGAAGAUGGAUAGAGGAGAAGAUAGGUGGAGAGGAAAAGAAGUUACCCCGCACAUUGAAUUAACUCUGGUUGUUCAUUAACAAUAAUCUUCACUCCGGCAGAAUGUUAGCCUGCAGUGACUAAUCAUGGUGAAAUGUGAAUUCUGAUUUAUAACUAUUAUAUAGAGGAUACUGCUUCCUGGCAUUGAAGAAAGGAUAAAAGCCAAGUCUGUAAUAGUGUGAAAUGCAAGCAAGAUUAAUUUGUUGAAAAGGUUCCUUGUAAUGCACAGGGGAUGUUAAUGGGAAGUAUGGGACAUGGUUUAAAAUAUGGAUGCUCCCUUAAUCUUUAGGCUUCUAGGAUUAGUCUUUAUGGCCCAGAAAUGCAGAGUGGAAAUAUUUGGGUUUACAAAUACCAGAAAAGUUAUUUUUAAUGAUCUGACACCGAUGCAUUGUGUGCAUGCACACAGUGUUUAAAUGAUUAUAAAAAUUCUGUUAUCACAAUACACCAGUGUAUUUAAACAGUGUUAAUUGGCAUUUGUAACAAACAUGUGGCUGGUUAUUGUCAAUCACACAUGCAUGCACAACAUAUUAAGCUGAUUUUUGAAAUUUGAAAUAAUUAUUGUAGUUUGUUUUACAGUUUAUUUAUGUCACCAGUUGUACUAUUACAUUAAUUGGUAUUUGUAGAAGAGCUAUCACUGUUAAUGCACAUGAUCCUUGGUGUCAGCGACUGCAGCCAAUUUUCAAAACAAAUAUAGAACUCAGGAGCUCCUUAGGGUAUCAUGGAUGGAAUCUUUACCUUAGCUUUAUAAUUGUUGAAGUUUCAUGGUUUGGAUUGCUUAACACAUCAAAUUAAUCACUAAAAUUAUGGUAAUUUUUUUUGUGCACUGCAGUGUUCCACGAUGAGUUCCAAAAUCUCUAUAUUUACCAAAUGUAGUGUGAUUACAAUACCUGGGUACCAAGACUUUACAUGGAAGCUCUUGAAAGCAGUGAAAAUUCCAUUUGGAAAUCUGAGUGACGAUUGAUACGCUCAAAAAAGUUUGCUUUAAUUCUUCACCACAAUGAAAGGAUGAGGUGUCAGGGCAUUUGGGCUAAGUAAUAAAAUGUGAGGCUGGAUGAACACAGCAGGCCAAGCAGCAUCUCAGGAGCACAAAAGCUGACGUUUCGGGCCUAGACCCUUCUAAUAAUUUGUUUUUUAGCGUCAGGACCUGUCAAUUCUGCCAACUUUCACCCCCAUAAACUUAAGGUCAGUCAAAAUUCACAGGAAACCAGAUGGAUACCUGGCAUCAACCUAGACGCCAGAAAAGACAACAGCAGAAACAGCCCUUGUUGACCCUGCAAAGUUGUCCUUACUAACACCUGGGGGGUGAGAGCUCUCCAAUUUUGGCAGUCUCCCUGACAAGUCAAGCAGCAGUCUGACAUUGUCUGUAAAGUAUAAUUCCGUGAAUAUGACUGUCCCAGACAUCACCCUCACCAUCCCUGGAUAUGUCCUGUCCCAUUAGCAGGACAGACCCAGCAGAGGUGACAGCACAGUGGUAUACA